AUGGCGCGGGCGCCCGUGUCUAACAGCUCAAAUGAGAUGCUGCCGCUGCCGGUGUUGCAGCAUCUGGCCUACCUGCUUGUUCAAUUCGAGGAGCUCAUCACUGCCCUACAUCCGAUAGAACGGCGGUGCACGACCAAGACAACGGAACUCUCUAAAGACAACACUGGCGUAGGCAAAACCGCCCCGGUCAUGAUCGGCUCAAACCUAAUGGGUCUGCAGCGUUCACCGAAUAUCUGCCAGCCGUUGACAGCAGAGGAUUUGCAGAGGGCGGCGACCAAGAUCUUCUCGGCCAGGAUGACGCCCAAGCGACUCGCUCAGCUCAUGUGCACGACAUACAUGAACUGGCCGCACGACAAACAUGCCCCGCGACGGUACAAGAUCGUUAACUUCGAGAGGCUGAUUUGUGAACAAGAUGCACAAACGGUGCCAUUGACAGUAGAGUUCCGCCAACAUGCAGGGACUUUGGACUUCAAGGAGGUUGCGCAUUGGGUGCAUUUUGUGUUGAGUCUGGUGCGUGCUGCAGAGCGUAUGGCUCUACGCAGCACGCCCACCAGUCCCAGCAGUCCCAAGAGCCCGCACACGGUGGCCAAGCAGCUGGAGAUGCAUUUGGAGAUGCCGUUCCCAAAGCAGCAGAGGAAUAAGUACAAGAUCCGGUGCCACAAACUGCGCGACGAGUACGCCCGUCUGUUUGACCUGCUUGAUUUUGACCGUCAUACUAGGCAUUACUGGACAGAGCGCUUCGCUGAGCUAAACCUUGACCAUGUCCGGACGGUAGAGAUGGAUGAGUACGGCGUGGAGAGGAUUGUCGUGAGCGAGAAACAAUGUCCGGCGUGUCAAUCAGUUCGCGGCUCGGUGAGGCCUGGGGAUGAUCGUGAGAUGGAGGACGCAGAUCGAAAUUGA